AGCAAAUGAGCCAAACACUGACCCGUGAGAAUAUGUUUGUGCUUUCACAAAUGAUGAAGAGUCCACUGUGAACUCUGAAGUGAAUCUGAAUACUGUAAUCAGGCUUUCUCUGACAUUUGGAUUAACUCUGGUGAAAGAGGCUGACGCAGUAAUGAGCGCUGAGCCAGAGGCAGAGAUAAGCAGCUACAACCUGCCCAACAUGCCGGACAGUGACGACAGCGGAGAAGAAACUAGCCAAGAGGAGCCGCCAAUCGCAAGCUGGAGUGAGCUGCCCAUCAUAGAGCGCGUCGGCCUCAAUAGUGUAGAGAUGUCAGAGAAGGAUUUGGAGACAGCUUUCUCUCAGAUCGCCUUGUCUCUCCGCUGUGAUCAGUACACCCUGAAGCAGAGGCUGCAGGCGGAGGAGCACGCCCGUAACCUGGCUGAGGAGAACAUCCAGCUAGAGCUGAGCAGAGGCAGGGAGACCCUGGAGAUACUGAAGAGCCUGUGUUUGGACAACAAGCGCAGCGAGAUCCUGCAGAAGCUGGAGCUGUCCCUGGACAUCCUCGGAGGCACCGUGGAACGGAUCUCUAACACAGCAGAGGUGCUCGGUGCCGUGCAUCAGGAGGCUCGAGUGAGUAGAGCAGUGGAACUCAUGGUGGCUCACGUGGAGCACCUGAGGAAGCGAUAUGACAGAAAUCUAGCUGAGCUGGAAGAAGCCAGAAGGAUGAUGAUGCAGCAGCAGCAGCAGCAGGGCUCCUGCAGAAACAUCACAGAUCCCAGAGCCUCCACAGGUUUCUGCAUCAGUGAUCAAGAGGAAAGUGACAACAUAAAGAAAGAUACUCAGCAGAAGCACAUCCGUAGAAGGGUCUGUGUAUCAGUAAUUUCCAGCCAAACUCAGGAUAGGAAAAAGCAAGACUCCAGAAAGCGUCUCUCUUCCAGCAAGAAGGCUGUCCCUUUUUGCCCGUCUCCCAUGAGCUCAGAGUCCAGCUGCUCUUUCAUGAACAAGGACGACAGAUACUCAGUGGAGGACAGGCCGCACAAUCCAGAUGAAACUCCAUCAGAAGCUCUUCCAGGACCCGCUCCCAUCCUAACCCCAGAGAGCCCCCCAUCAAAACCAGUGAACAACAGCAAGACUCUGAACAAAAACUUCUCUCUGGAUACUUUGCGGCACAGACACAGGGGCAAAGCAGUCUUAUCCAACAAAGGAAGGGAGAAAAAGAUGGCAAAUAUCUGCAGACGGAUCUCCACAGUGGGGAUGUGGAGGCAACAUCCUCUGACUCACUGGCUGCAGCGCUGCCGGCUGGUUCUCCUGUGCACGUUUGUGAUUUUCUGUGUCGUAACACUGAGUUACUUCUUGUGGUAGUUUCAUGAAACACAGUCAUCAGUGCUUCACGUGAAUUAGUGCGUCGACAAUUGAAGGCUAUUUGUAAACAAACAUAAAAUGGUUUUUGAUGCCCU